AUGUCCGGCACAACGCUGCAUUGUGACGUCUCCGACAGCCUGCAUAUAGCGGUGAAGCAAAGCUCUGACCCAACCACGAGUUCGCAACUACCUCCAGAUACAUCAUCUGAAACGGAGUCGGACUCAGACCCGGGGUACGAAGUCCAGAAUCAAUCGGAGGCUAGCAAACCCCUUGCGCGACCCCAUCUUGCCAGGGCUGUGAGCUGGUCUAGUAUUGUCCGAAGUCGAUGUCGGUGGACGAGCAAGCAGGAAAAGGAGCUUUUAAUGGCAGAAAAACAACUAGCAAGAUGCCAGAAAGCGUGGAGCUCAGAGCAGGAGUUAUGGCUCGCUUAUAUCCAAGCCUUGAGUGAAGAGAAAGAAGCCCAUGAAGGGUUCAUGAUGAUGCGGAUGAGGCAGCAGGAAGAGGAACGAUGUCAGUUCCGUAAGGCCUGGAAGCGGCAACGGUCUGUUGAGACCGCGCCGCAUCUGAAACAAGAUGAUAGUCCGACAACUGCUAGUGGCAAUAAUAGGUUUAAUAAGUUGCGACGAUUACAUCGGUACGGGUAUGUAGCUCCUGCACUGACGACGACGGAGACGACCGCGCUUGCCUGCCAGGGAUAA